UUCCCACUGUACUCUUCUCCAUGGCAUUUAUGAAUUCCAUCACCAAGCAGCAUCCUUAAACUACGUGCAUCAAACUUCGACCGUCCGAUCAAAUCCAACGGCGCAUAGAGAACGAACAUAAAAGGGCGUGCACAAUACGCAGUGCGCAGCUUCUCUUCCUCCUUCAACAACAAACAACGAAAGAAACCGCAGAGAGCUUCUCUUCUCCCCGUCGAAACAAAACUUGAAGAAAAAGAAGACGACCCUCUGUCUCAUUUCAUUUUAGCCCCCAAACUGGGCUCGAAAUUACAAAAAGAAAAAAAGAAAAAAAAAAAGAAACCCACCACCAUCGAAAACGACAAUGCACGCGAAGUCGGAUUCGGAGGUGACGAGCGUGGAGCAGUCGACGCCGCCGCGAUCUCCGCGCAGGCCGAUUUACUACGUGCAGAGCCCGUCGAACCACGACGUGGAGAAGAUGUCGUACGGCUCGAGCCCGGCCGGGUCUCCGGCGCACCACUUCUACCACUGCUCGCCCAUUCACCACUCGCGCGAGUCCUCCACGUCGCGCUUCUCAGCCUCUCUCAAGAACCCCCGCAGCCUCUCCGCCUGGAGGAAGCUGCAGCGCGGCGAUGAGGUCGAAGAAUCCGACGACGACGACGACGAAAAUGACACCGCUUUCGGGAAAGGAGGCCCCGGCCGCAGCGUCAGGUUGUACUUCUGCUUCGCGCUGCUGUUCGUUGUACUCUUCACGGCGUUCUCGCUGAUCCUGUGGGGCGCCAGCAAGGCUUAUGAGCCGCAGGUCAUCGUCAAGAGUAUUGUGUUCGAGAGUUUUGAAAUACAGGCGGGGAGCGACAGGACGGGGGUGCCGACGGAUAUGCUGUCGUUGAAUUCGACGGUAAGGAUUCAUUACAGAAAUCCGGCGACAUUCUUCGGCGUUCACGUCACGUCGACGCCGCUGGAGCUUCACUACUACCAGCUCAAAGUGGCGUCCGGACAGAUUGAAAACUUUUACCAAGCAAGGAAGACGCAUCGGACAAUAAGGACAGUGGUGCUAGGGUCCCAAGUGGCUCUUUAUGGUGGAGUUUCAGUUGUUCAAGAUGUUAGCGAAAAUCGCCAGAGACAGAGAGUGGCCGUGCCGCUGAAUCUGACGUUCGUUGUGAGGUCAAGAGCCUACAUUCUGGGAAAACUAGUGAAGUCCAAGUUUUAUGAGAGAAUCAGAUGCUCUGUCACUCUUAGAGGCAGCAAUCUAGGCAAGCACUCUAAUUUGACAAAUUCUUGUGUCUAUGAAUGAAUGAGAUACCUCUGUUUAUGAUCAGUAAUUUUUGGGGAAUCUCGGUGUGGAUUAAUUGUACCAUUGUACCAUUUUAACUGCUUAAGUUAUCUUGUUCUCUAUCAGCCUGCAAAUUCUAUAUACAAAAGUUUUGAAAGUGGCUUAAGCCUCAGUAGAUUUCCUUUCAUUUGCAAUGUAAAAUUUCAGUAGUUGUAAAAAUAGAUUAUGGAAGAGAACAAGUUUUUGUUGCCUUUCAUUAAUUUAUUUAGAAUCCUUCUGUAAAAUGCGUUG